AUGAUCGAGCUUUUUGCGAUCUUUACGAAGGGAGGAUUUGGUCUCUGGGCGUUCCAGGAGGGAGCCGAUCGUUUUGUAGAAGCUAUCAAUGCCUUCAUCAAAGAUGUCCUUAUUCAGGAGCGUGCUGUAACUCAUUUUAAAUAUAAUGACGUUACCAUCAAGUUCAUUUUGGAUAAUGAGUUUGAAUUGGUGUUUGUGGUCAUCUACCAGUCCGCGAUCCAGUUGUCCUAUACGGAUAAACUUCUCACAGAUGUUCGCCAGCGAUUUCGUGACAUGUAUAAAAAUGUUUUGCUAAAUAAACAAAUUCUCUACCAGUAUGGAUACGAGUGUUUUCGUCACUUCGAGAACGAGUUCAUCAGUAUUCGUGAUGAUCUUAUGAGAAUGAACGUGAAGUCGACUGCUCUUCCGAAGAAACCGAGAACAUUCCAGGAAAGCGCGAAGUCGCAAAAGACGAUAGAUUCAAUCAUAGUCAGUCGUCCAGGUGAUGAGAAGAAACAAAAGAAGAAGGAUGAACCAGUUAAAAAGGCUGUUAAAGAGGAGGCAAUUCCUGUAUCAACAGAUUCAGGAAGUGACUUAGGCUCCACUCCUGGCUCGCCAACAGAUGACAUUGCGAAACGGAGAGAACUCCUUUUGCGAAAGAUGAAUGCGAAGAAGAAGACCACAAAGACGACACCAGAACCUGAAACUAAGAAGAAAGGAAAACAGGCUCGUGUAUGGGGCCUGAGUGGUGAUGUGAAAAAUGUUACUGAGCUCGACUACUCUGGUGAGAAGAAUAAGGAAAAUGACGGCCGUGGUGACGAGGAUUUAGCUUUCAUCAAUGAACAGCGCAAAUACGUCGGUAAAUCUGCUCAGCUGCAAGGAUUUUCUGAUGAGGAAAGUGAAGAAGAAGAGAUUAUUGCCGCAAAAUCCAGUGGCAGUUGGUUCGGUGCAUUUAAAAACCUCGUGGGCAAUAAGAAACUCAGUGCAGAAGAUAUUCAGCCGGUGCUCGAAACAAUGCGAGAAAAUCUGAUUUUGAAGAACGUAGCCGCUGAGCCAGCAGACAAGAUCUGUCAGACUGUUGGACGUAAAUUGGAGGGUAAAGUUGUGAGCACAUUCAGUCGUGUCAGUUCGGAAGUCAAAGAAGCUGUUAGGGAGUCGCUUACCCAGUUGCUCACUCCAAAACGUCGUGUCGACAUUUUGCGUGAUAUCGCCGAGGCUAAACAUGAAGGUCGCCCAUAUGUGAUCGUGUUUUGUGGUGUAAAUGGAGUUGGGAAAAGCACUAACUUGGCAAAGAUUACUUUCUGGUUGAACGAGAAUCAACAUCGCGUCCUGAUCGCUGCUGGAGACACUUUCCGUGCUGGUGCUGUGGAACAGUUGCGUACUCACACCAAGCAUCUUAACGCUCUCCAUCCUAAUUCGGUUCAGCUCUUUGAACAGGGAUAUGGAAAAGACUCAGCUAGUCUCACAGCCGCAGCCAUUGGAAUUGCAAUCGAGCGAGCCAUUGACGUAGUACUCGUGGAUACGGCAGGCCGUAUGCAGGACAACGAGCCACUGAUGCGAGAGCUCGCAAAGUUAAUCCGAGUGAAUGAGCCGGAUUUGGUGUUGUUUGUGGGAGAAGCUUUGGUUGGAAACGAAGCUGUUGACCAACUAGUGAAGUUCAACCAGGCGCUCGCAGACAACGCUACCCCAGGUGCUGCACCUCGUCUCAUCGAUGGAAUCGUUUUGACGAAGUUCGACACUAUUGAUGACAAAGUCGGAGCUGCUGUUUCGAUGACGUACAUUACGGGACAGCCAAUUGUGUUUGUCGGUUGCGGCCAGACGUAUUCGGAUCUUCGCAAUCUUAACAUUGGCGCUGUUGUUUCCGCUCUACUCAAAUGA